UUUUUCUGUUUUAUUUCCAUUCCUUCACCAUAUCCAAGAACUCGACUUCAAUGGACAUGUUGUCAUGUCUGCAUUGAUUGCUCCUGAAAGAUCCGUGAAAUUUCACGGGAGUUUAGUAGCUCAGUUGUUGUUAAAAGACGAAAAUCUCCCCAUGAAUGAUUUUGUUUCUGAUUGGAGUUCUACCCUUCUUACAACCGUUUCUCAAGCAAGCAAAGCCGAUGAUAUCUCUUUAACUCGUGUGGCUUUAUCUGCAUUUUUACUAUCUCUCGAGAGGUGCCCUGGUGCUCAAAGGGUAGUUAUGGAAAAAGGUCUUCAUUUAAUGAGGGAGACUGCUAAAAGGACUAUGAAUCAUAAGUCUGUUCAAGAAUCAUUAGCAAAAGGGUUGGAAUCACUUUGUUCAGGGGACAUGCGUUUGUCUCUUGAAGAAGGACAAAAAUGGUCUUGCAUUAUGCUUCCAUGGGUAUUUAGGGAAACUUCAUCUGAUGCUAUUAGAUCUUCUGCAAUCACAAUCCUUUCUCGUAUCUGUGAAGAUUAUGGGCCUUCUUCCAUUCCCAUUUCCCAAGGUUGGUUAGCUAUUAUGCUUUCAGACAUUCUCAAAUCCAGAAAGUUAUCUCUUAAAGGGAGUGCUCAACCUAGGGACAAAGUCAAGACACAAAUCGAUCAGGCAAAUGUACUUUCUGGUACCCAAAGUGUGAACCAAUUGGCUAGUGCUGUGGUCAACUUAGCAGUCAAUGGUGAUUCAUUUGCUUUGGAAGAUUUUCUUACCCUUGAACCAUUUAUUAACACAUACAAAAAUCUAAAGAAAGGAAAUAUCCCUAAAGUGAAUGCUUUAGAUUCUGCACUUGCAACUUUAAAGGGUAUCAAAGCAAUGACAGUGUUUUCACGUGUGUGAUUGAAAGUAGGUGGGAGAAAGACUCGACAUCUAACCUUAGAUUUGCAAGGCUGAAUCUUGUUGAUCUGGCUGGUUCAGAAAGGUGCUGCAUUUGAUU